CGGUGCAUCCGGGUCAGCUGUCCGUCCAGCGGAGAUGAGAGCGAUGUCCGCCGAGGAGACGCCUCGACUCGACGGCUCGUUUAACGCCGGGACGUUUCUGGAAAACUUGGAUUCACGGAGUUCCUGAACCAGCAGCGGCGCUUUGAUUUUUUGGGGGGGCAAUUUGUGAAACUCCCACCGGUGGUCCAUCUCCAUGGACUCUGUGUUUACAUGCUGCCAUGGAGACUAAACCGGACUCCAACUCUUCAGACUUCUACUCCAAUGUCAACAGCAGCACCAUGGCACCCGAAGUGGACUGCCCGCAUAACAGCGUUCCUUCGAACCCCAUCAUUGCGAGCCUAAUGAUGACUCUAGGCAUCCUGUUCAACGUGGUGGCCCUCAUCAUUCUCAUCAAGGCCUACACUCGCUUCCGGCGGCGGUCCAAGGCGACCUUCCUGCUCUUCGCCAGCUCCCUCGUGGUCACGGACCUCACGGGACACGUGGUCUCCGGGGGACUGGUGCUGAGGAGAUACUCCACGGCCAAUCUGACGUCCCUGGAUGGUCCGAGAGAUCCAGACAGCCCUUGUCAGUUUCUGGGAGGGUGCCUGGUGUUCUUCGGGUUGUGCCCGCUCUUCCUGGGCUGUGCGAUGGCUGCAGAGCGAUGCCUCGGCGUCACCAAGCCUCUGCUGCACGCCCGGCUAGUGACAACAGCGCGGACCAAAAUAGCCCUGUCUAUGAUCUGGUUCUUGGCUCUGUGCAUGGCCCUGCUGCCCGUUUUCCAACUAGGGGACUACACUUACCAGUACCCGGGUACUUGGUGCUUUAUUAAAGUGAUGGACACAAAUGUCAAAGAUCUGACCUUUGUGACGCUGUUCUCUGGACUGGCUUUGAGCUCUCUUGCGCUGGCCUUCAUCUGCAACACCAUCAGUGGGAUGACGCUCAUUAGAGCGCGGAUAAAGAAGACUUCCUAUUCCCAGAGGUUCUCUGCUAGAUCUCAUGACACAGAGAUGGUGGUCCAGCUGGUUGGCAUUAUGGUCACCUCCUGCAUCUGCUGGAGCCCUCUGCUGGUCUUUUCGCUGAUGUCAGCCGCGCGCUCCUACAGCGAAUCCCGCCUGGGCGAGGAACUCACCUGCACUUACAGCAAACUCAUGAUGACCGGCGUCAGAAUGGCCACCUGGAAUCAGAUCUUGGAUCCCUGGGUCUACAUCCUGCUGAGACGGGCCAUUCUCCGAAAAAUCUACCGGAUAACCAAAAAGCAGGCCAGCUUCAAGGGGAGCACUUUCCGCUCCGUCCGCUGGGACGUUAGCUCCCUCAAGAAGCCUGACAGUAUGCCGGUGAAAAAUACUUAACAGGAGACUAAUGAAACAGUCAUAGAGUCUGCCUCUCAUGGCUUCUUUGUGUACAAAGAAGACCAAAAAAUGGCUAAAGUACAUAGGUUUUCUAUGUAUGAGCAAAUAUACCACACAAAAAAGAGGACUGAAUAAAAAGUGCUACUAGUAUCUACAGUACAAUGGCAGCCUCUCCUUUCUGAAAGCACAAAUACAGAGGGGCUUCGUGAUGCAAUGUGCCGAAGUGCAAUAUUCUACAAACAAAGAAGAUUUCUAAAGAGUUGGUACUUCUAUUAGCUCAGAUGGUGAAGAAAAACAACAACAAAUAAAACUGUUAAUACAGCCCAAUUUUCUUUAACAUAAUCCCAGGUCCAAAGUGGAUUGAUUUAAUUCAACAGACUUGGGUCGUUGUUUGGUUUACCAGUCAAAAACAAAAUGGGUUAAAUUGAACAAUCUGUAGAAGGAAUGAAUGAAAGCAUAACCAAGAGUCAGGAAAGGUUGAAUGUUGGGGUUGAGAUGGUGGGUGGACUGGUUUUUCCAGUCAAUGAGCUAGAGGCAAGGUACCACCUGGAAAGGUGACCACACCGUAAUAAAGCAACAUGGAGUUGAGCAAGACAAAAAAGCAAUGCACCCACACAAGCAAUGCAUGUUUUUAAAUGGUAGGAGGAAGCCAGAGUAGUCAGAGAAAAGCUAAGCAUAGAUAAGGGGAGUUAAAACAAAAACCUAAUAAUAUCCAAUAUGAGUUUUUCUUUUUUAAUGUGCAGAAACAAUAAUUCACAAAUAUUCAUGUUCGGUAUAGAACACUGUGUAAAGUAUUGUGUGUUCAUGACAAGCUCAUGACCAUUUCUUUGGGCAAACUGUCUGCGAUGACCCUAGCUAGCAUUAGCUAUUAGCAUGUAAAGACCAAAGACUGUGAUAGUAAUUAUUUUCCAGAAAGUCACAGAUUCCAAAGUCAGUGGUUCCCCUCACGGUCACUCUCAAAUAAAACAAAAGCGUUUAUGCAUGAUGUGGUGCAGAGGCAGAUUGUUUUUAAUCCCACCACAAAGAGAGGUGAAAUAAAUCUCCAAAGCUCACCUCCAAAGAACUGCAGCAAACAGUAGCAACUGCUAGCGGUUACACAAAUCGCUGGAGGAUACAGUAGAGGAUCUGUGAUACUGUGGGCCUGUUUCUCUUUAAAAGACUCUAAGAAUGUAUGGGUUUCACACAUCUUUGCCCGUAAAUAAUAAUAAUAAAUUUAAUUCAUGUAGCGCUUUUUAGCAUGCGAGGGGUGCCGUAUAUUCCCACUUAAAAAUGCCUGUACUCUAUUGUCUGUAAGUUUGUUUAAGUUUUUUUAAGGAUGUAAAAAUGUUUAAGGAUCACUGUAAAUAGAAACCAUUUUGUCUGAGCUUUAAUAUAUUCGUAUUUGUUUUUAAAGUAAGACCUACAAAAGUCUUAGAGAGAACAUGUCAGUGCAAAUAGUAGUCAGUUUGUCCGACUCUGUAACAGUCAGGGGGCUUGUCUCUGUGUUCACAUGAGAGUAAAAGGACAGGCUUUUACCUCAGCAUGAAGAUGUGAAAAUUACGAUGUGUGUAGCCCAGGUAGUCCUGUGACAGGAAUAUACAUGUUGUGAAUGUAAGCACUGUAUGUCUGCUUUCCCCAUAAGUCUGGAGGCAGUGAAGUGAAGCUGACUGAAUGUGAGGCUGUUUAAAAAAAAAGAACUUAAACUGUUUAUUAAAACUGAUAUCUUCUA